CUGCAGAAUGUUCAUCAUGCAGGACAGCCAAUGCCAGGUGACGACCAGGAUGACAUUGUAAUGACUAGUACUGAUAGCAAUAUCCGGAAUACCACGUGCCCUGUUAGUGGAAAGCAUGUCACUGAUUUGGAAAAUCCAGUUCGCAGUAUUGACUGCAAGCAUAUAUAUCAACAAAAGGAGAUUAUGCACUACUUGCGGGCAAAGGGGGGACGUGGACCAUGCCCUAUUGCAGGUUGUCCUAGGAUGUUGCAGGCGGACAAAUUUGUUCCUGAUCCACUGCUACCACUUGAAAUUCAAGAAUUGCGUGAUAUGAUGCAGCACCAAACCUCUGAUACUAACGCCAUAGAGGAUUUCACCUUGCUGGAUGAAGACUGAUGGAUUUGAAAUGUAGAAAACUAAUUGUCUUGUUUAAGUGCAUUUCCUAAACUGAUUUUUGUAUAGUGACCUGGUUUAGGAGUUGCCAGUAGUUCAGUAUAUGCAUAAAGCACUUCAAGGAACUUCCUUGUAUUCCUAUAUUAUGUUUGGCAUGGCACAACUCUCAAUUUUUGUACUACUGGGAUGUACUUUUGGUACCCUAUGUAUGUUAGGUUCUUUAAUGGGAACAACAAGGAAAUUGACUAGACGUAAGUUUAGCUUCCUAUCCAACUUCUAGGCCUUCUUUGUGGUAAAUACUUGUAUUCUAGAAUGUUUUGUAAAAUUUUAUAUGCAUCCUCACAUUGUACCCU